AUGAAGGACACGACCGCGGUGGAGCUGGACCUGGACACGGCCCGCGAGCGGUACCUCGCCGAGCAGGCGAAGGACUACCCAAGCGCCUUUGUCAAGUUUACGUACGCCAAGGCCCUCGCGCGCGACGCCAAGCCCGAGAACAAGCAGCGGGGCAUUGGCCUCCUCCACGAUCUCCUGGACGAAGACUAUAUGAACAAAACCGACUGCCUCUACUGCCUGGCGCUGGCGUACUAUGACCUUGGCGAGUUUAGCAAAUGCCGAAAGCAAUGCGAAGUCCUGCUGCGGAUCAACCCGACACAUGAAAAGGCGCUGAGCCUGCACCAGUCAGCAAAAGACCACGUCAACCGCGACGGAUGCAUCGGUCUCGGCUUGGCCGCCGGCGCCGUCAUGAUUGCAGGUCUCGCGCUCAAGCUCUUGCUCAAGCACCGCGCCCAUUAA